UGAAUCCAUAUAUAAAAUAUGAUAAAAAGAAUGAAAUAGUAAAUGAAAGCUAAGAUAUUUAUAUUUACCAUUUGGACCUUGGAGGAAAUCCAAAAGAAUGGUACCAACCAAAAGUACCCCUCUAUAAAUAAAACCGACUGACCCGUUUAUGCCCAUACCCAGAUUGAGACACUCUUUUCCCUUUGUGUUACAUUACAUUACAUUGCAAUCUCCACAAUCAUCAUCAAAAAUCAAAAUGUGGUUGACAUGCAUUUGCGAGGGACAAGAGAAGGAAUUGGGAAGACAACAAGCACCUGGUUCUUGUCCUUACUGUGGUGGCAAAGUUGAAGCUGUCGAUGUUGAGGUUCAAUCCAGACUCUGUUUCUUACCUAUGUGUUUUCAGAUCAAGAGGAAAUACUUUUGUUCUCUCUGUUCUAGACGUUUAGAAAUUUUGCUUUAUUAAACACACCUCCCCCUCUUCCAUUUUCUAUCUAUAUUGUUACAACAACAAUGGCAAUAUCAACACCGCUCUUUAUUUAUUUUCUCUCUUCAUUUUUUAUAAUUUGUAUAAACCAAUGUUACUGAUUUCUCUCUCUCUCUUUUUUUUAAUAUAAAAUAAAUGUUGACUAUUUUUUUUUUUAUAUUUGACGGGAGAGAAAUAAAUGUUAGCCUUGUGUGUUGUUUAAUUAGUUUGAGAUGAAAAGCACUUUAGUCUUUUCUCUUUUUUUCCCAUCUCAUCUUCCAUUUUUUUGCACAUGCAAAUGUUUAUACCAAAAAUUUAUGGUUUUCUAACCUCUUGAUUCAGUUGGCAAAUAGAUGACUCUUAUUUUAUAAAGGCACAAAGUUUAACUCUUCAUAAAAGAAUCAUCUUAAUCUUACGUCUGUCCUGAUUUGAUGAACCUCGAAAUUCAAUUUAUGUAAUUUUUUAAUAGAAAAAGAAAAAGAGGGUUUAUUUAUGUUUUCUUUUUUUAUCCAAUUUUAGAAAAUUACUUGAACAAAAAUGGCAAAGUGGGUUAUGGCUUUAUGGGUAUUUUUAUGAAAAGUACUUGAACACUUCUUGUUUGUUCUUGUGGAUACUGGACAGUCCAAUUUUUUUUAACUGCUACCUAAAAAUAGGCCCCAUUUGUAAGUACUUUUGAGAUGGCAUUUUUUGUUUCUUUGAAGUUUUGAAUUAUUAUUCACACCAUUGAUUUUGAGUUUGAGAAUGAAAGCUUGUGGAGCCACAGAUCCAGAAAAACUUGAUUGAUUUGCAUCUCAAGAAUAUAUUGAAGUUAUUAAAAGGCUUUAAAAUCAGUGUCGUUUUUGUUGUCUUUUUGGGAUAAAACCAUCAUUGUGAAAUUGACUGAUGAGAAAUAUGAAUAUUUAUGGAUAUUCAAACAUUGUUGCCUGUAAUGUCAAGCAAACGGCUUUUUGGAUAAAGGGAAGGGAAGGAUUCGAACUCAAAGAAUAAAUUCAUGAAGCUUGAAGAUUAGGGGUAGAAAGUUAUCACUUUUUUAUUUUUUUUAAUGUUUACAUAAUGUUAAACAUGGCUUGACACUCACAUAUAGAUUCAAAUUCGAGUCAUAA